CCUCAAGAUAACAUAUUUGUCUGAGAAGUCGAUGAGAAGGAAGCAUGAUUCUUGGUUCCUGCCUGCCUUUCUCAAUCAGAUAUGCCUAGGAAAAUGUUCAAGCUCCUGCCAGUUGUGUUACUUGAUAUCCAGCUUCAUUUGAUGACAGCUUUAUUCACAGUGGAAGUUCUUCAGCCUCAGUACUCUGUGGAGUAUGGGAGCAACGUGGUAAUGAAAUGUCGUUUUCCAGUUGAUUCCCAGUUAAAUUUGAAAAUGUUAAGCAUCUUGUGGAAAAGAAUAUCAUCAAAGCAAGAAGAAAAAGAAGUUUACAAGCUCCACAAGGGGCAGGAAGACCUCAUGCAACAAGACCCAGACUAUAGAGGGAGAGCCAACCUACUGCAUAAUGAAUUACAAAUGGGAUGUUCUGCGCUCAAUCUCACCAAUGUAAAGAUGACAGAUGCAGGAUCUUUCCUCUGUGUCAUUAAUUAUGGAGAGGCUGAUUACAAGUACAUUACUUUGGAAGUAAAAGCACCCUAUAAAAGAAUAAACGUCCAGAAAAUAAGAGAUCCUGAGGAAGAGAGCCUGAUUUUUAUUUGUCAGUCAGAAGGGUAUCCCCUGGCUGAAGUAUCCUGGCAUGACAGGAAGAAUCCUAACAUCAGCAUGGUUGCAAACACUACUUUUGAACUGACUAAUGAUGGACUUUUCAAUAUAACCAGUAUCCUCCAAGUCAAACAAAGCAUUAGUGGAAACUACACCUGUGUAUUCUGGAAUAAAAAAUUGAAUGAAAACACUUCAGCACAUGUAUCAGCAUUACAGUUAGAUUAUGUGGGCGAAUCAGCUUCUGUGUAUGAAAAAAAGUUUCUCUUUUUAAUUAUCCCAAUUUGUUUGCUGGUGUCACCUUUUUUAGCAGUUGUAAGGAAAAAAUCAUCAACAACUCUGUGCAGCCGAAGAGGCAACUGUAGGAAUGUUUCCCACAGCUCAAGGGCGAACGGAGCAGAUGUCAGUUUGGAAAUUACUAGCAGUCCUUUAAUUUGACACACGGAUUCUCCGUGUGUUAAUUUCUGAAUUCUAAAGGAUAAUUCAAAUCCGCAAGACUUUGCACAACAAUGAAAAAACAAAACAUAAAAUAAGAGUUUAAUGGGGAAUGACUCUUGUCUUAAACUCCUUGUAUUUUUGCCACCGCUCUGAAUAGGAGAUUUGGACCUUACUAAUGGAAGUACUCAAACAAGCAUGUGAUGUUGUUUUCAAUUCUGCACUUUCCACAUUUCCCUUUUAGAAAAAAAUUAUAAGGAAGUUACUGCACUUAAGAGGUAAAUCGUGCUUCUGUUUUUUGUCAGUAUUAUUGCUCAGCGAUUAAAAGGUUGUUUGAGUAUGUUCUGAAUGUUCUGUGAUUGUACUGUGUGUCUGAAUUUUCAGUAACAACAGCUGUGUUUAUGUAUUUGUUUAUUUAUGCAUUAAAGAGC